AUGGGUACUCCAGGAGUUUUGAUGCGUCUAUCGAACAACGCUUCAUCCUCGAAACUGACUAUUCCCGGCAUCGAGGCUGUCUAUACACUUAACGCCAAUGACGGUAGCACGCCAUCGUACAACUCUUUAUACUUCUUGAAUGAUAUCGCACCCAUUGUCAACUCCAGGUCCGCAUAUGACGCCGACAACAAGAAUCCCUCAGCGUCGGAGGUAUCAUGGAUUAUAUGCUCAUUUAUCAACGGACGAGAUACCGCAGGACUCAGCCAAGAGCCACAGAUGAGAGUCAAUGUCCUUCCAAAUCCACCUGCAAUAGGAUCAAUCCUUGUCAUCAACGGAUCGACCCCACGAGCCGACAAGGAAGAUGACUAUCAUGCCUGGUACGAUCAAGAACACGGCGGAAAGCUCACCAAAGUGCCCGGUUGGAAUGCAGCAAGACGAUACGCUCUAGCCGCCGUAUACGGAGAUGUCGAGGUAGCAAACUUCUACGGAUUCAACUUUUAUGAUGAAGAGAAUGGUUUAGGAGGUCCCGAGUGGAAGGCUGGUGUGACGGAUUGGACACUCCGUAUUCGGAGUAAUGCUGCUAAGCCCAAUAUUCGAAGGGUGUGGAAAGUGGAAAGUGUUUAG